AUGGCCUUAAUUAUGAAAUACAUCGACAGCAUGCAUCACUACAUGGACAAAUACGGCGAUCCCCGGACGAAAGAUUGGCCCCUGAUGUCGUCGCCGCUCCCAACGCUAGCGCUAUGUUUAGGAUACGUGUACUUAGUCAAAGUCCUGGGUCCAAGGCUGAUGGAAAACCGCAAACCCUUCCAGCUCAAAAACACCCUCAUAGUGUACAACUUCGUUCAAGUCGUGUUCAGUGCCUGGCUAUUCUAUGAGUGUUUAAUGGGCGGCUGGUGGGGCGCGUACAGCUUCCGCUGUCAGCCAGUGGAUCACGGUACCACCGGACAAGCGAUGAGAAUCGGUGUAUCGGGUUGGCUAACGGGACAUUAUAACUUCCGAUGCCAGCCAGUCGACUAUAGUAACCACCCCAAAACGCUGCGGAUGGUACAUGCCUGCUGGUGGUACUACUUCUCCAAGUUCACCGAGUUCUUCGACACGUUCUUCUUUGUGAUGCGCAAAAAGAGUAGUCAAGUGUCCACGUUGCACGUCAUUCACCACGGAUGCAUGCCAAUGUCGGUGUGGUUCGGUGUUAAGUUCACUCCAGGCGGCCACAGCACGUUCUUCGGUCUUUUGAACACGUUCGUACACAUAGUCAUGUAUACCUACUACCUGUUUACUGCCCUUGGACCGCAAUUCCAGAAGUACCUGUGGUGGAAGAAGUACCUCACCGCUCUCCAGAUGAUCCAGUUCGUCCUGAUCAUGGUACACGCUUUCCAGCUGCUGUUCAUCGACUGCAACUACCCGAAAGCCUUCGUCUGGUGGAUCGGAAUGCACGCUGUGAUGUUCUUCUUCCUGUUCAACGAGUUCUACCAGAGCACGUACAAGGCUCAGCUGAAAAAGCGAAAUGAAGCCGCCGCCGCUAAGAAGCGGGAAGCUGAGCUGCUUCUGCAGCAGCAGCAAAACGGCCACGUGGCCACCGGCGGUGCCAAUGGCACGCUCAGCAACGGCACCGGCAACAAGGCGGCCGAUUAUUACGUCCGCGGUGACCUUCCGGCCGAGAUGGAGCUGACCCAGCGGCCAGCGGCGAACGUGCGCCCGGCAGCCCCAUAAUAGCAGCCCGUGGCGGCCCCGGACAUGGUUGUUGUAAUUAAUUAUUAAUUUAUUGUAAAACUGUCCCGGAUACGUGUAUGCAUGCGUGUGUGAAUGUGUGCGUCUGCGUGUGCGUGUGUGUAUGUCUGGUGCGUAUGUGUGCAUGUGCGUGUGUGCGUGUGAGGGUAUCGAAGAUGCCACCGCUCGAACGCAUCCCAAGAACUCCCCAUCUCCCUGUC